AUGUCCGCGGCGUCCCCGGCUCCCGCUUUCGGGCAGAAGUCGUCGAGGGCCAUGCUCAAAGAGGAGGUUCAGCGCCACCACCUCUCCGCGUGGCGGUUGCACAUAAAGAACGUCAAGACUCGCCGCGUCCGGCUGCAGUCCAUGCGCACGCGCAUCUUCAUCCGAGCCUGGCGACGCGCGUUGCACCGGUGGUCGAGAUAUGCGGCUGCCCGCGGCGCCGCGCGCAGGGCCACGCACAAGUCCGCGGAGGUGUCAUCCGCGAAGGUGGCAUCCCGCGGCGUCACCGAGGUGUUCCGCACGUGGCGCGCGCGCGUCGCGUCCUCGGCUCAGGAGGCCAGGAGGGUGGAGCGCGCCACGAACCGGUUCCGCGCGGUCAUGGCCAGAUCCGCGAGACGCGCGCUGAACACCUGGAGAGAACGCGUCGCGUUCAGGAAACACGUCGCGCGCGCGGCGGCGCAGCUCACGCCCGAGCAGCUCGCCGCCGCCGCGCAGGCGGCGCUCGCUGAGCCCGCGCGCGUCGCCGCGCAGAGAAAGCUCGUCGCGUACACAGCUGGCGCGGGACUCGUCGGGUGGGCGGUUUCGUGGCAGUCGACGGGCGAGGAAACCGCCAGGGCCAGGCGAGAGCUGGCCAAGGCGAGGGACAAUCACGACAAGUGCAGGUCCCUUCGCGAGGCCGAGGUGGACGACCUCCGCGCGCGGUUCCGGCACGCUGAGGCGCACGCCGCGGACCUGGCCAAGGCGUGCGAGUCCGCGGGCUCGACGGAUGCCCGACUCGAGUCGGAACUGAAAGAGUGCCUCGACCGUAAACACGCCGAGGCGGAUGCGCACGCAGCGUCCAUCGAGGCGCUCACCCAGGCUCGGGACGAGUCCGUGCUGCUGUAUCGCAACCAGGAGUACCGCGCGAACGAGUGCCAGAGGCGGUACGUCGAGGCGGUGACCACCACGCGCGUGGGGGUUCCAAACCUGGCGCACUUAGCGAAGGCUUCGCUCGGGGUGAACCUACCAUCGGUGGGCGGGGGCGAACUGGUGGUGCCCCUCUCCCCCGGCACCGUGGUCCUCGCGAUGGCCGGCGUCAUCGUCGUGAUGCUCGCGUGGAUCGUGAAGAUGGCGUCGCGACGCUCGAGGCUGGCGUCGACGGAGGCGAAGCUCCGCGCGGCGGAGGCGGAUUCGUCGCGGCUCCGCGACGCGAUCUCCGAGAUGGACAUGGCUGCGGCAGCGAACGAAUCGGAGCGCUCCCGGAUCGUCUCCGCGGAGGUCAGGGCGCACGUCAAGGACGAGCUCGACGCCGCGACGGAGGUGAUGAGCAAGCUGGCGAUGGCGACGGAGGAGGCGGAGGCGGCGGCGAAGACGGCGGAUGCGCGAGCGGAUCUCGCCGAGGCGAAGUUACGCAACGCAGAGUUUGAACUCGCGGAGACGCGCAAGGACCUCGCGAGGUUGAUGGAGGCGACGAGCCCGGAUAGGCGAAGGCCCGAAAGGGACGGGGCGGCUCUCGACCCGGACACGCCGCCCCCGAACGGCGAACCCGCGAGCCCGCGGUCGCCGCGAACGGCGGUUCGUCGGCGGGGUCCUCGCGCGAAGGUUUUCAACCCGCAUCGCGAUUUCGAGCUCCUCGCCGAGCUUCGCGGGUCGAUCCCAACGCUGCAGUCGCGGUGGAGGGAGGACGAGGCGUACGAGGACUGGGAGGGCGUCGUCAUCGGAUGGGACGGCGCCGAGGCUGGCCGCGUCGUGGAGCUCUCCCUCGCCGAGUGCGGCAUCGGCGAGCGAUUGCCGUCGCAGGUGUUUGAGCUCGCCGCGCUGAGGGAGCUGGACGUCAGCGGCAACGGGAUCGUCUCCCUCGCCGACGACGUCGUCAAGCUGGCGUCGCUGAGGGUGCUCAACGCCGAGGAUAACGACCUCGACGGGUUACCCACGUGUUUGGUGGAGCUGACGGAGUUGAAGGCGCUCCGAGUGGAGCGAAACGAGUACGUCAACCUCCUGGCGUCGAGAAAAUCGUCGUCGGCGGCGGCGCUCAUCGAGGAGCUCAGACGGCGCGGCUGCGUCGUGACCGCGUGAAAAGCGAUGGCGAUGUCGAUUACGAACGCGCGACGUCUUCUUCGCCCCCUUUUUAUAACAUUAGCUACAUGUCUCG